CGGGACUGUCUUUUGCAAACUGGUGAAAGCUAUGUACUCACGCACUUCGGCUAUGGUUAAUGUCAAUGGUUGCUUAUCCACUCGUUUCAAUUGUCCCAUUCACUUCGCCAAGGUCAAGAUCGUCGUCACCGACUGUUCAAGCGCCAAGGUCAAGAUCGCCGUCACCGGCUCCAUCAGUGUCGAAUGCGAUCGUUCCUUACCAACCACGUACGAACACCAACCAAGUUGGAACUGGUGGACAAUGGUACUCACAGCAGAGGAACCCGGGCAAUAGCGAAAUUGCCGCACUGCUGAGAGAACUCGUAAACAGUGACAGGGAGAAGAGGGAGAGGAAGAGGGAGAUUGAAGACAGGAAGGCGGAGGAAGAGCUGGUCGAACGAGCUAAAGAAGAGGAGAGAAAAAAAAUGGAGGAUGAGGAGAAGAAGGAAGCGGAUAGGGAAGCUCGUAUGGCCAAACUGUUCGCUGAACAGAUUGCUGCCAUGGAAAAGAAGCGUGAAGAUGAGGCUGGUUUCAGGCGCGAUCCAACUAAAGGGAAGGAGAAAUCCAGCGCGCCGGAAGGAGACGUCAAGAAGAAGGAUGGGAGCUUGAAAAUCGGUGAUGCUGACACCAAGAAACGGGGACAAGAGGUUCUCCAGGGCGGGUCGCCUGUCCUGCCCGAUGCUGGUAGGCAGAAGCUGCAGACUGAGGCACUACUUGGCCCACUCGACGCUGGGCUUCUUCAUAUAAAUUUUAACACCUUUCAGCGCAAUCAGGAAACGAUGCUUCUGCGCAUGAUAGAUGCUAUCGAGAAACUAGGGAAGACUUCAGCACCGCAAGCUUCUCUCCCGUCUUCCCAAACUGCCCCUCCCCCUCCGCAUCCCCCUCCCGCUCCGUCUGUCCAACCUCAACCGUCUGCUGCUGCACCCCAUGACUCACGCCCCGGAUGUUCCUUUCCACCACCACGACAGAUCUACUCAACCCCUCCCCACGGUCACCCUCCUGCUAACAAUCCACCUCGCCAACAGUCCUGCCGUGACCCUCCUACCCAACCUUCUAACGUUCCUCCUCCCAACCCUCCUUCACCUACCCCUCCAUCCGCCAAUCGGGUUCCCCCACCUCCCGCACCCCCAUCCAGACCCACUACGCGCGCGCACAUGAAUGAAGUUGGUCCUUCCACAACGCACGGUGAUGGUGCCAUGGGUAACACAUCUGGUACCCCAGCCACGACGACCCCCUCCUCAAGCAGGCCAACCGGGAGAUUGGCUGAAGUUUUCGCUUCGGUCGCUGGGCAUGCCAGAAGAGUAUCGGGAUCUUUCUUCGCUGCAAGAACCACUAAUCUCGAGUUUGAUCGAGUGCGAGAGGGCAAGAAGGUCGUCGUUGCUCCUUCUGGGCCUGAUGGCAGGAAGCAGUAUCUUGCUGGGAUGAAGAAAGAAUUGACGAAAGAAUACAAAGCCGAUCUCGAAGUUCUGUGUAGGAAGGACAAUAUCAAGUACGUUAACAAGAAGCAGGCUGUCAAUUAACUGGCAAAGCUGCGAGCCCAAGACGC